UUGCAGAAAUGAGGACCAGAUGUUGAUCAACGGCUCAUCCAACAGAUUCUGAAUCAGCGGAAGGUCAGAGGGGCGGACCAGAACCAGAACCAGAACCAGUUUCAGGGGAAAAGGAAAGUGAAGCUUUAAUUCUGUCCAGGAUCUCCAGGAUGAAGGAAACGUUCAGGUUUCUGGUGGUUUUGGUUCCUCUGCUGGUUUCUGUGGAGCGCUCAGAGUGUGUGCGGUGUUUUGGUUCCUUCGACCUGACCACAGGUGAGUGCAGUGAAGAUCUGGGCGUUGUGAACCAAGAUGACUGCUGUCAGAACUCCCAAUACGGCUACGAAGCAGAAGAUGGAUCGUGUCGGUCCUGUGGUCCACCUACAUGGUCUCCCUGGACGUCUUGGUCAUUCUGCAAUGUUCUGUGUGGAGCGGGCGUGAAACAGAGAAGCAGGAAGUGUCAUGGCUUUGGAGAGUGUGAGAACCCGCAGGACACACUGCAGACAGACGUGUGCAGCGGCACCUGCUGCAAUGACAAGGGCUGGGGCUUAUGGAACCCCUGGACUCCAUGCUCAGUCACCUGUGGAGGAACAGGAACCCGAACGAGACGGAGAGUCUGCUCCAGUCCUCCUGAGUGUCGCUCAGCAUGCACUGGCCCUGAAGAAGAGAAAGAGUCCUGUGAGGCCAGCAACAGGUGUCCAGUCCAUGGAAGUUGGUCGAGUUGGGACGCUUGGUCACAGUGCUCUGGUUCAUGUAUCACUGACCAAAACAUGCCCACAAGAGUCCGACAGCGCACCUGCUCCAACCCAGCCCCCUCUGCUGACACCGUGCCACCAGGCAACAACUGUCCUGGUGAUGCUUUUGAGACGCAGGACUGCAGCGAGAUCCCUAAUUGUCCAGUGGACGGCAACUGGGGGUUCUGGUUUCCACCUGGCCCCUGCUCCGUCUCUUGUGGAGAGGGUCUGAAGAUGUCAUUUAGGCGGUGUGACAGCCCCAGCCCCAAAUAUGGUGGAAAACAUUGUGAGGGGCCAAGCACUCAGAGCAGCGUCUGUAGUAGUCCCUGUCCUGUCCAUGGAGUCUGGUCCGGUUGGUCAAACUGGGGCGACUGUUCGUCUUCCUGCAUCCCACCUGGCAGAGCUUCAUUGAGGACACGCCAUCGAUCUUGUUCUAACCCGGCCCCAUCGUUGAACCCACCUGGUAAUGAAUGCCAAGGUGACAACUCCCAAACUGAGCACUGCAACCACCUACCUCAUUGCCCAGUGGAUGGCAACUGGGGUCCUUGGUCAGCCUUCACUCCAUGCCCUGUUACAUGUGGCGUGGCUCUUCAGGCCUCGGAGAGGAGAUGCAACAACCCUGCUCCCGAUCAUGGCGGCCGUCCAUGUCCUGGAAACGACAAGCAAACCAAACUUUGCUCAACACAAGUCCACUGCCCAGUGGACGGCGUGUGGGGCGAGUGGACCGCCUGGAGUGCCUGUACGUACCCCUGGGGAGGGAGAGACAUCCGGUGCCUGACAACGGGGGGCAAGCAGACUCGGAGCCGCUCCUGCCUGCAUCGAGCUCACAACGGCUCCAUCUGCACCGACGGAAAGUUGACAGACACUCAGGUCUGCUACAACGUUGACAAGUGCUAUUUGAAAGGAACCUGGGACGGCUGGGAGCCUUGGAGUUUAUGCACACCGGCCUGCGGAGCCUCGUCUAAACGCAGGAGGUUCCUCAUCUGUACACCUGACUACAGCGACUACAGUCCAACUAUUGGUCGUCAGCGGGAACCAGCACAUUUCCAUGGAAAGCCAAAGGCCGACUGUGGCGCGGUUCCUGACGGAGGGAAGAAGUAUGAACUUGAAGACUGCCUUAAUGUCCCUCCCUGCACCUAACAACGCAUCAGCCCACAACUUCAGGAAUGUCAAAGCUAGCUUUCUUUGUGGAAUAUUAGCAGAAACUGCAUUUUAAAAAGUCUUUUUACUCUGCUAGAUGGGCACAUUUGUUGCCUCGCUUUUUGUGAUAUCACACUUUAUACAUCCACAUCAGAUUCUUUAUUAUUGUAAUAGCUUUAAAAUAAGAAUAAAACGUGUUUCUUCCGCUUCUGAAAUAGUAAUUCAAUAUUAGGAAAUAAGUCACACUAAAAACUCAGCCAGUUUUCCAGUCGCAAACAAAGGAAGUCGUUCACUCGUCUUAUUUAAAGUUAUUCUGUAUCCAAAAGAUUAGCCUUAAGAAUGUUCUUUUUACGGUUUCUAAAUGUUUUGGGCCAAAGUCCUCAGUCUGUCGUUUGUGGCCCGACAUACUAUUAUAUUCUAAUGAAAACAAAACAAAACAAAAAAAAUUUAAAUGAACGAUGUGGCUGAUAGAAAGAAAAAUACGUUCAUUUAAGAUCGUCUGAUUCCUAAAAUAAUUACAGUGUCCAUCUGCAUCAGCUCCAACUGCUUUAAAAAAAACAACAAAGUGCCCAACAAGGUAAAGAACAGGGAUAGUAACACAUAAAAUAAAGACAUAAGCAACAGAAAAAGAACAGGGAGAAAAAUCAAAUCAAAUCAAACUAAUUUAGUUGGUUUUUACAGACAUAAUUUUUGCAUGAAAUAUAAAAAAAAAAAACACACCAGAUGUACCAGCGUUGUGCUGCUUCUGCCAGCUUAAAGCUCUUUAUUCAGUUUGAAAGACGUCAAAGAGACAUUCAGACACACCGUGGCAUCCGGCCGCCUCUUUCCCAGCACGUAUACAUACAGUAUCAUCUCUGGCUCACGCGUUUCGUAAGGCACAAGAUAAAUUAAAAAGACGGAGGAGAAGAACCACCUUUAGAAGACGACGUCGGCCUCAGAGGCUUUUCAAAGCCGACGGGCUUCCAGGAGAACGCAACGCUUCUUACAAAACAGAACAGGACAAAAAAGGCUGGAAAACACACAGAACUAUUCAUAUACACAUUUAAAAUACUUUCUCAAUGCUUGAUGUAAACGCAACAUGCAGAAAUCGACAGGUUGUAGGUGUUCAGAAGGUCAAAGGUCAAGCUGCUGCCUCUGUAGUGUCAAACAGCAGCAGCAGAUUUAUCUAAAGUUUCAUACCAAGACCUGCAUUAUGCUGCUGGUCAGACGAUUCCCUCACGAAGCAGAGCUGUAAAGUAAAAGCACUGCUCAAUAAAAUGUAUAUAUAGAAAAAAAAUAAUAAUUAAAAGCCAUCUUCUGAGUUUCCUUUUAAAUACAACGUGAAAAACAAAAAGUUAAGACUGAAUGUUUCUAUAGACAGAAUGUGAACAAGUCAAAGUACUGACAACAGAGCUCAUCGUAAAAUAAGCGACAACCAGGCCCGCUGUGAGAGUUAUGAAGGUUAAAAUGGUUCCAAAUUUACACAUUUUACGAUUUUAAAGUCACUGUGUGUAGAUUUAGUCAGGAAUGAAAACGUCAAGUAGAUCUUCCAAAAAGCCUCCAUCAUGUUUCCAGUCCAAAUGAACUGGUUUUACUCUGGAAGCAGGACUGGAACCGGAUCGGAGUCAGAGCAGCGUGUACCUCCCCAACGUGCUGCUGCGCACUGCAAGUCAGAUGGAUGAAAAGAGCAACGCUGGCAAUAAAAUAAAUAAAUAAAAUGCAGAAUUAUGUGUUGAGUUUUCCACUUGUGUUUAACUGCAAAAACGUGAAACCAGAGCGUCCACAAACCCCACUGCUAAAUUAACCCUUUAAUCCCAGGUGCAUCUUUAUGGUGCAUUAACAUUUACAGCACUACAGCGCCACCUGCAGGCGUGGCAUGCAGUGGUUACUACAGUGUUUUGAAUGCACCAGGUGCUUUCAUGUAGAUCAAUACGAAGUGAUGCUGUGUUUAUGCGAAACUUUUUAAAAAUGAACUUUGAAAAAACUAAAUUUUAAUCUGGACCAGUUCAAAAACGACCAACCAUUGUUUAGUUUCCAUUAAAGCACUAAAUCCUACAAAAUUUUCAUUUGAAAAUUAGAUACUUUCCCAAGAUUUCCCUUUAAAGUCACUCAGGAUGGACAUUUCAGUACAAACUGUUUACUAAUGUUCUUGUUUUGUUUCGUUUUAUUUAUUUUUUACUUCUGAAGGAGCCCGACUUCUCAGACAGGAUUUUUGCCAAAUCACAAACUCACAAUGUGAUUUGGCAAAAAAAAAAAAAAAAA